UUUACAAUACAAUAAAUUUAAUAUAGUACUCUUUAUAGACUGUUUCACCUUUUAUUUCUUAAUUUUGCUUCGUAGUUCCGUUUCCCGUCACUUCUUCCGUACCCGCUGCUAAAUAUCCCCUAUUGCGUCCAUGCUUCUGUCGAGUCCUUAAUCUUCUCUAGUGAGAUAUCCCUACACACACAAGAUGGGUAAGGAGGACAAGACUACCUGGAAGUCAAACUACUUCACGAAGUUGAUUCAAUUGUUGGAUGACUACCCAAAAUGCUUCAUCGUGGGCGCAGACAAUGUCGGCUCCAAGCAGAUGCAACAGAUCCGAAUGAGUCUCCGAGGCACUGCUGUCGUACUCAUGGGAAAGAACACUAUGAUGCGUAAGGCCAUCCGAGGGCACAUUGAGCGGAACCAAGCCCUAGAAAAGCUCCUCCCUCACAUCCGAGGCAAUGUCGGGUUUGUGUUCACACGUGGGGACCUCGUCGAGGUGCGUGACAAGCUGCUGGAGAACAAGGUGCGAGCACCGGCCAGGAACGGUGCCAUCGCUCCAUGCCCUGUCAUCAUCCCCGCACAGAACACCGGACUCGGACCAGAGAAGACCUCCUUCUUCCAGGCCCUCUCGAUCCCCACCAAGAUCUCCAAGGGGACAAUUGAAAUUAUUAACGAUGUGCACAUCUUGAAAGAGGGAGACAAGGUGGGUGCCAGCGAGGCCACGUUGCUCAACAUGUUGAACAUCUCUCCCUUCUCGUAUGGUCUCCUGGUGGAGAUGGUCUACGACUCCGGGACCGUCUUCGAGCCCAAGAUCCUGGAUAUCAAGCCGGAAGACCUACGUGUCAAGUUUAUGGAGGGUGUCAGCAGACUGGCCGCAGUAUGUCUGUCCAUCGGCUACCCCACCAUCGCCUCCGCUCCCCACUCUCUGGUCAACGGCUUCAAGAAUCUGUUGGCAGUCGCAGCUGUCACUGAUAUCGAGUUCAAGGAGGCCACCACCGUUAAGGAGUUCUUGAAGGACCCAUCCAAGUUUGCUGCGCUGGCUGCAGCUCCGGCUGCGGCUGCAGCUGCCCCAGCUGCUGCUGCCAAGAAGGAAGAGGCAAAGAAGGAGGAGAGUGAGAAUGAGUCUGACGAUGACAUGGGCUUCGGGCUAUUCGACUAAGAAUCUGUUUAGAGCCUGACGUCAAUAAAAUGUUUUAAAAC